UGGAAUCCUCACGUCACAUGACAUGAAGCAGGAAGACAUUGUUCGCGAAAAACGGGUGGAAGCCAACACCGUAGUAGUUAUCAGCACUUUAAUUCCAUUUUAAGAAAAUGAGUGCCAAUUUGGACAUAAGACUUAAGCGAGCCAAUAAAGUUUAUCAUGAGGGGGAAGUGCUGGCAGGUGUUGUGGUGAUUAUCAGUAAGGAGGCAGUCCAACAUCAGGGCAUAUCUCUCACAAUGGAAGGGAUUGUCAACCUCCAGCUCAGCUCCAAGAGUGUGGGUGUCUUUGAGGCAUUCUACAACUCUGUCAAGCCCAUCCAGCUAAUCACCAGCAACAUUGAGGUGGUGAAACCAGGGAAGGUGCCAGGGGGCAAGACUGAAAUCCCCUUUGAGUUUCCGCUCAAUGUCAAAGGCAACAAAGUGCUGUAUGAAACCUACCAUGGCGUCUUCGUCAACAUUCAGUACACCCUGCGCUGUGAUAUGAAACGUUCCUUGUUGGCCAAAGACCUGAGCAAGAGCUGCGAGUUCAUGGUCCAUUGUCAGCCGCAGAAAGGGAAGCUGAUACCCAGUCCAGUGGAUUUCACCAUCACCCCAGAGACUUUGCAGAACGUCAAAGAGAGAGGCUCCCUUCCCAAGUUCAUGAUCCGGGGCCGUCUGAACGCGACCAGCUGUGUGAUCACACAGCCACUGACAGGGGAGCUGGUGGUGGAGAGCUCGGAGGUGCCCAUCAAGAGCAUCGAGCUGCAGCUGGUGCGGGUGGAAACCUGCGGAUGUGCCGAGGGCUACGCUAGAGACGCCACGGAGAUCCAGAACAUCCAGAUCGCAGAAGGAGACGUGUGCCACAGCCUGCCCAUCCCCAUCUACAUGGUGUUCCCCAGGCUCUUCACCUGCCCCACACUGGAAACCACCAACUUCAAAGUCGAAUUUGAAGUCAACGUGGUGAUAGUUCUGCACGAUGACCACCUGAUCACUGAGAACUUCCCUCUGAAGCUGUGCCGGGUGUGAGCUCUUCACUGAAAGACUGCAGGCCUCUGGCCCCUCCACGACAGACCACGACCAGGCGUGCAGCAUACCAGCAAUGCCCCAUGGGACUGAUAUCAAUUCAGACUAUUUGAUUUUUAAGUGCAGCAGUCAUCAAAAAAGUUGGACUUGGUUUUGUUCCAGAUCUCUUUUUUUUUCUACAUUGUGAUCAUUUGUAAUGAAGAAAAAAAACUAAAACACUUUGCAUUUGUAGAACGUAUGCAAAGUAUGGAAGACAUGCAAGACAAAGCAGUUAAAAGGCAGAACGUUUCCACCCUAGGCUGACAAAUGUUCAGACACAUUUACCACGGUACAUCUCUAAUGGUCUUGACAGAACUCCCUGUCCUGGAAACGAAGUGCCUCUGGAUUGAGUCUGAAGGUGUGAAAGUUUCCCCCUUCCUUAGCCACAAAGAGUUGCUUUUAGACUGUGCAUGAGGAGGGAAUUGCAGGAGACAACGUGCAAACGAGGGCCAGGAGUGUUGCCCGGUUUGUUUUGCUUUCCAGGGAUUUCUGCAGCCCUGUGAAUAAAUCAGCCGAGCCUGAA